UAAUAUUGAUUGUGCCGAAGCGACUUGACUUAUUAGCUGCUAGACUUCAGUCUCAACAGUUUGUUUUGUGAGACAAUUUCGAAUAGAAGGUUCGUGCGUGGAAUUUGCGACAAAGCAGCUUUAAAUUAAUUGAAUGCCAGAAUAAAAAUUAGUGAAUUAUUUAGUGAUUUUUUAAAUUUAUUUAAGGAAUAAAAUUAACGUUUCUUUCGUAAUUUUCGGGCACAAAAAGUACUUGCCAUGUUCUGUAAAGUCGCACUGACUUGUUUGCUGGGUAUAACAGCGAUUAAUGCUCGCUCCAUAGACAAUUACAAUUUUCCAACGUAUCCUACACAAAACACAAAUGAAUUCUACCCAGGAGCAGCUCUACCAGAUUACAAUCCUAAGCGCUAUGGCGACACCUCGGAUAUUGUACGCGUAUCGUUAAGCAUGGCACCACCAUCACGCCAUUUAUUGCCACCCUAUGAAGAUUACGGCGCUGCGCAGACAUAUUCGAAUAGAAUCUACCGAAGCGAAUUACCUGCUUGGCAGUUCCGAAACAAAAUGCCAGCGCAGUACGAAGAAGUCGAGCAAUUGGCACCGCAACCGUACCCUUACGAAGUUGUUAACCGUGUAUUACCGAAGGUGGAGGAGCCCACCGAUUUCCAACCACUCGAGACUCAACUAUCGGCGCAGGAAAAACAGAUAACUCAAGUUGCGGACGAUGUAAAAAGUGUACAGCAAACUGUUAGCGAGCUCGAGAAGUAUCUAGAAGGUGUCGCUGCAGUUUUAGUACCACAAAACAAGGCUAAAAAUGGUGUUAUAAAGAUAAGUAGGAAUCUGGUGCCCAAGCUUGGUGACGUGCAAACUGGUAGUAUGUCUGAAAAGGAAAUAGAUAAGCUUAUUUCAAGUAUGUGGGGAGAAGACUCCACAGAGGCAAAUACCUCAGGGGAGGAAAAAGAGUUGGAUAAGCUGAUUUCAAGUAUGAUUGUAGAAGACUCUGCAGUUAACGAUAUCGAGAAGAUGGAAAAACAAUUGGAAAAUGUAAUUUCCAGCAUGUUGGGAGUAGAUUCUACCAAAAGCAAUAGCUUAGAAAAGGACAAAGAGUUGGAUAAACUGUUUUCAAGUUUGAUUCUAGAAGACUCUGCAGUUAAUGCUGGCGCAAGGAAGGACAAAGGCAUGGUAAAUGUAAUUUCAAGCAUGAUUGUAGCAAAACCUGCAGAUGGCGAUAGCGAAGAGAAGAAAAAAGAUUUGGAAAAAUUUAUUGACAGUUUGUUCAAAGCCGAUUAUAGCGAUUAUGAUAAGAAACUUACGGAAGAACACAGUGACGCGGAGGAAGAAUAUAAUAAAAAAAUUGAUGCUUUCUUAAAUCAAAUGUUUGCUGAAGAAGCUCAGGAGGAAGAAGAAAAAGUGGAAAAGAAAAAAAUAGAAGGGGGAAAAAUAGAAGAAGAAAAAGAAGAUGAAUUUGCUGCUGGCGAGGCAAAGAACACAAUCUACGACUUAAACGACGAAAUGGAGCAACUUUUUAAAGACAGUGCAUCGCACAAGGAUGAACAGAAGCUCGGUUUUGAUUAUUAUGACGAAUUAGAUUUGCAAGAUUAUUUAAUGAAUAAGAAAUAUGUUCUUAAUUACGAUAAAAAUCGUCACUGAAUUCUCCAACCGACAUCUAUUACCUAUUAUCUUAAUUUAGCACAUUUAAGAACUGUACUUGAAUCUUAAAUAAAUAUAUAUAU